UAGAAGCCUCGUGACUGAGUCAUUCUAGUAAAACCCUUGGCACUGGCCCAUGUGAGCAAUUCCACCUUAAGAGGUGCCCGCCUGGGCCCCGCCCCACCCCCUGCAGCAGGCAGGCUGGGCCAGGCCUGGGGCUGAAGCUGGCUCUUUGGUGGAUGAGCUGGCUGGGUCCUCGGGCUCCAUUCAUUGCUUGGUUACUCUCCGAGUCGGCACAGAGCAGGGGGCAGGCUGGGCUGGAACAAUGGCUGGCACCCAGCCGCUGGGGCAGGGGGGUCAGUGGUGACGGGGCCACGGGCGUUCCAGGGCGCAGACCGAUUCCGGGGGGCAGGUGGAUGGAUCUGCCCAGAGGAGAGGCACCAGGGCACGGCCCAUGCUGGGAACCUCCGACCUGCCUCCAUGAGCUGCCAGCCACGUCCUCCUCCUCCGGCAGCAGCUCUCUCCAUCUUCCCUCCUUUGGCCUAAACUCCUUCCCCCUCUGGUUUAGUUCCCCCUCCGCCAGCACCACCUCUGCCAAAGAAAGUCCUGCCUUCCUCCGGGGCAGGAGACCGAAGCCACGCUACAAAUGGGCUUGGGCCACCAGACCAGGGGAAGAGCUCAGCAGAAAUUACCACCCAUCAUGUGGACGGACCUGGUGUUCCACCUGCCCCCAUGCCAGCCGCCGCUGGAAGACCGCCCACUGGUGAAGGCAAGAGAAGCCUGGAGAUCGGCUGGGCCCCCGGGGCAGGUGGCAGACCCCUCUGGUAGGGGUCACAGGAUGGGCAGGCAGAAGGAGAGAAAGAAGCUAGCUCCUCGGGCCAUCCUUGAACACGGGAGAGGAGGAACAGGGUCUUCUCCACCCAGCUGCAGCCCUUCAAAGACCCCUGCAGAGGCCCUGUCUGCUCCACAGGCACCCAGAGAUGCAGCCAGCAGGGAGAAGCCCAAGCUCAGGAAGAUCUUGGUCGACCUUCGCCCCGUCCUGGAGAACGUCAUGGAGCCCUGGGACUCUUGGGAGGGGUGUUCAGAGACGAGGAGCAUCCGUAGCGCUGGGUGCUCUCCCCGGGAGCGUGGACAGCCCAGCAGGGGAGGCCGCGACAGCAGAGGUGGAGCCAGCGCCGUAGAAGAUCAGACUCACCGGGUCACCUCUCUGCCUCCCAUAGCGGCCCAGCCCAGAGACAGCGGCCAGGCUGCCGUGGCACGUAAGCCACCCCUUAGCCAGGCGCAGGUGCCAAGAGACGGCGCACUCGCCCGCCAGGCUGCUCCGAGGCAGGAGCCCACGGCUCCAGUGACCUUCCCGAAGAUAAGCCUCCAGCCAGAGCCAGCGGAGCAGCUGCUGCCCCCUGAGCGGAGCAGCUCAGCCGAGAUGGCUGGAGCUGGCAGCCUCCUGAGGCCAGAGCGCUCCCCAGACAUCCAGCUCCCCACCCGCCUGCUCCUGCAGCGCCUCCAGGAGACCACGACCAGCCAGAACCACCAGCUGAUCGCUCAGGCGCUGCAGUCUCUGCGCAAGGAGCUGCAGGGGGAAGCGCCUGCCUCGCCCAGCGAAGGGGAGAGGUGGCGUUUGCUCCGGGAGCCUGCGCUGAACAGGAAGGAUGAUGCCAGGAGGAGGAACAGGAAGGCCGUGGGGCUGCAUCCUGGGGCUGCAGAGAGGAGACUGGUGAAGCUCACCUGGAGGACAGGCAGCCCCAUUGCCGGCAACACCAGGGAGGCAGCCUGCCCCCAAAUCCACCGCUGAGAGCCCCACGCCGAGAGCAGCUCCAGCCAUGCAAACCUGCUCGGGCCCAUGUCAGAGCACCGCCCUGCUGGAGGAGAACACAGCGAGCCCAGCGCAGGCAGGAGCAGAGCCAGAGAAGAUCCGGGGGAAGGGGGAAUAAAGAGGAUUCAGAGAUUGCUGGAUCAGUUGGCCUCAAGACGGACACUUCUCACCCAGCACAGGACCCUCCGCGUCAGCUCCUGAGCCUCUGGCCAUAGUGAAAGCGCCAGAGGCUCCUAGACCCACAUGGCCAGAAAGACCCCCCAGCUCUGCACCAAAGACUGGCCUUCCCCCACUCUGCUGCCGGGCCUGACAGCUGGAUUUCUAACUCCGCCUGAUUGGCCCUGGCUGCCUUACUCCACCUGUGGGAUGGCUCCGCCAGGAGUUAACCCCCUGCUUGCCGGUGAUCUGUAGCCGUUGGAUGGUGGUCUGCCCUGUGUGCCCCCAGCACCCAAUGAGGACAAAGCGGGAUGUGUACGUGACGGGGACCGAAAUGCAAAGGCCACCUCUCUGAACCAGAGAAAAAGAAGUCACUUGGUUCCAUGGGGUGUAAUUAACCUGUGGAACUCACUGCAGGUAUAAAGAAGAGAAUCCAAUGGUUAGAGGUCGGGGGGAGCAGUCAGGACUCCU